GUAUUGUUUGACAGUUCUGCUCAGAGAUCACAGAGUACUCUUUUGUGAACUUUUGUCAGUCUAAUAUUUUCGUAAGGAAUUUCUGGAAAAAUUGGAAAUUAUUGUUGAAUUCUGUCUUUUUCGCUAUAUUUGGCUGUAGGCAGUGAUAUCUAGUGUAAUUUUGACUACACUGUGGGUUAGAUUUCGUUGUAUUAUGCCUAAAACUAUAAAUAGAUUAGACCACGUCUAGACUCGUAAGGUUUGAUUUGAUUGUGAUGAUUUAGUGCAUUGUUUGUCCAUAUUAUUUAAAUGAUGGGCCGAAGAGAAGACCCUGUGUGGGCCAGGGGCACGGUGGGGCUCUCGGCAGCUCGAGAGCGCGGAGAUAUCGAUAGACAAUUCAAAAGUCGAUUAAUGGUCACCAGAAGUAUGAUAGACCGAUUAGGCUUGGAGAAAGAGCUGCACGGCCAUAUGGGAUGUGUUAAUUGCCUGGAAUGGAACCACGACGGGUCCAUCUUGGCAUCAGCUUCAGAUGACCUGCACGUGAUCCUGUGGGAUCCCUUCAGAUACAAAGCCCUUCAUAAUCUAUCUACUGGACACACAGGAAAUAUAUUUUCUGUAAAGUUCUUAAACCCGGAUACGCUAGCCACCUGCGCGGCGGACGGCACGGUGCGCGUGCGCAGCUGGGCGGGCGCGGCGCCCCUGCGCGAGUGCACGUGUCACUGUGGUAGAGUGAAGCGCCUCGCCACGCCGCCUGACAACCCUAAUAUAUUGUAUAGUGCCGCUGAGGAUGGGCUUGUUAUCCAGCACGACCUCCGAGCCCCGCACCGUUGCAACGCCGACGCUCCAAUCGUGGCAGUAAACCUACUGAACCACCUCGGUCGCCACGCCGAGGCCAAGUGCGUGGCGGUAAGCCCGCGCCGCUCGCACCAGCUAGCAGUGGGCGCGAAUGACUUCUAUGUGCGACUGUAUGACAUGCGUAUGGUCACGUUGGCACGACUGCACGCAUCGCCGCAACCGGCCGGCUCGUCGCACUCCCGCCAGAUGUGGGAGCGACAGAACGUGCGCAGCGUGCGCGCCGGCCACGGCGACCCCGACAACAACAUACCGCGCGCGGCGGUCCAGUACUACGCACCAGGUCACCUAUCGUUGGAACCUAACGAGCAUACAUUCCCGAAGAAGGCGACCACAUACAUCGCCUUCAGUGACGACGGCAACGAGUUGCUGGUCAACCUCGGCUCUGAACAGGUCUACAUGUUCGACAUCAACGCAGCACGUCGCCCUAUUUUGGUAGAAAGCUUCAUAAUAUCCCACGUGCAUGGCAACCGCGGUGAAGGGAAGGCGAGCCACGGGGCCAACGGGACGAAUGGGACGGUGGAGAUACCGCCUCCCCCGCUGCCUAAUCAUGCCAGGCAGUUGAAGGAAAUGGCGAACGAAUUCGUGAGCCGCGGCGAGUUCACAUCGGCGGUGGAGCUGUACAACGAGGCGCUGGGCGAGUGCCCCGGCUGCGCCGUGCUGUACUCCAACAGAGCCGCCGCGCUCAUGCGCAGGGGCUGGUCAGGCGACACAUACGCGGCAAUCAAAGACUGCUACCAGGCGAUCCGGCUGGACCCCGCGCACGUGAAAUCGCACUUCCGCCUCGCCAAGGGGCUCAUGGACAUGCGCCGCGCGCGGGAGGCGCACGAGUGUCUGCUCUACUUUAAGGAUAAAUUCCCCCGUCACGCGAAUAGUCAUGCGGUAUUUCUACUACAGAAGGAUAUUAACGUGGCUUUAGAGAAUAUGGACACGCAACCCGAUGAAACACCAGGCGAAGAAGAAGACAAGCAAUCCACCAGCGUACUAGAGCGUCAACUGCGGGCUUCAGCCCUGGACUACAGCCGGCGGUUCCUGGGCCACUGCAACACGACUACUGACAUCAAGGAGGCCAACUUCCUGGGCCCGCGGGCUGAGUUCGCGGCCGCCGGCUCAGACGACGGCAGCAUGUUCAUCUGGAGCCGGCGCUCCACCAACAUCGUUCGCGUGCUCCGCGGCGACGAGUCCAUCGUGAACUGCGUGCAGAUGCACCCGGCCGCGCUGCUGCUGGCCACCAGCGGGAUCGAGUCCGCCGUGCGCCUGUGGAGCCCGCGCCCCGAGGACGGCAACACAGAACCCCGGGUGGUAUCAGACGCGGGCUCCGCCGCCGCGGCCAACCAGCAGCGCAUGCGCAGUGACCCCUUCGAGGCGAUGCUACUGAACAUCAGCUUCGCGGGCGGCGGCGACCGCGACCUGCACUCGCCCGCUUGCCGCGCCAGCUAGGUACUAGGAAUAUACAAGGUAACGGUGAUAUAAAUAAACAGGAUGUUUGGAGCGUCACAUCACACUUAGUCAUUAUGUAAAUACCUACUAGAUUUAAUACAUGUUAUUACUUUAUAUACUUAUGUAUAAAUAUGUGUACCCAUAUAAUAUAAAGUGAAUUUAAACAAAUUAUAUUGUUCGUGUCCUAUCCACAUUCGUUGAAGCUUAUAGUGCAAAGUUUUCUACAAAAGAAUAUUUUCCGUGACAGACAAAAAUGACGCAAAUUACAUUUUGUAUUUUAUGUCCGUAAAUUGCAUUGGCAAUCAAAGUAUAAUACAUGUGUUGAUAAAUUUCCUAAAUAUGUUAUUAAGGAAUCAAUCCGUUUUACAAAGUAUAAAGUCGGAAAAAAGUGCAUAAAAUGGCACUAACACUGUCUCACUCUAACGACAUAGAUAGAUAAAUACUCCUUCAAUUAGCAAACGCUUUCAAACAAUGCAGAAUUUACCAUCGAAGUCAAUCAAACGUAUGCACUGACUACUUAUAUAACAGAAAUCGGAAAUGUGAAACCGAAAAUGCAGAUUUGUAUGGCGCAGAGCUAGUACAGCUACUUACCGCUAGGUGGCGUGUCUCCAGCGCCAUACAAAUUUGCGUUUCGAUUUCACUUCUCGAUAGGU